AAGGGGAAUAAAAGCGGGGAAAUACAACGAUCCAACAUAAAUGGACGUAAAUUGAAUGUGAAGAGAGGAGAGACUGCGAGAAUGAAAGUGGGGGAGGAAAAAGCCUUUAGGUGCCUUCCUGCUUCUGCUACGAUGGGGAAAGGAACGUAAAUUGAUUCAAGAUGGAAUGUCUGAAGUUUAUGCAAGGGAAGGUUGAAAGGAACCGAGGAUACAGCUAAGGCAGAACAUGGGACAAGGGAUGAUUAACAAAUGAGGGUCAGGAGAGAAAAGACGCUGGUGGUAAGAAGAGGAAGGUGAAGGGUGUCAAACUUGGAGCGAGAGAAGUCGAGAGGUGGAGGUUGAUUGAAGGCGUUGUGCUGCUUUUUCCAAAGACAACUGAGAUGUGAAGGAAAGACAUCGCAUCUCCUCCUGGGGAAGCUGCAGAUACGUUAAGGAAGGAUUUGGGUCAUUUGGGCCCGUGUUACACAUAAAGGUGUGAGAAACAACCGGGACAUCGCAGCCCCACCCGGACGGAUCGUGUGUGUGUGCGGGACGGAAGCGGCGCGAGCUGCAGGGCGGUCAGACGUCGGGAGCUGCUGGGCUGUGGCUGCAGUCGGUGCGUUGCCCCUUUAAUUGUGUCCCCAGCCCUCGGGCGUCCGUGUCCAACGCCCACGUCAGCAAAUACCUUUUGUUUCUCUCCCGCUCGGGCUUCCAGGGCUCGGGGCUGCGGGAACGGGGCGCUGAGCGUGGCCCGAGCGGAGCCGGGGACCCCGCACCCUCCGCCCGCGCCUCCAUCGCGACCGAGCGAGCGGCAGCCGCCCGCGGAACCCGGCGAGCACAGCACAUCUGCUUUGGGAUGGAGAUUUCGUCCCACCAGUUUCACCUCCUGGAGCAGCUCAAUGAGCAGCGCAGGCAGGAGCUGUUCUGUGACUGCAACAUCCUGGUGGAGGGCAAAGUGUUCAGGGCGCACCGCAAUGUGCUGUUUGCCAGCAGCGGGUACUUCAAGAUGCUGCUCUCGCAGAGCUCCAAGGAAAUGACUCAACCCACCACCGCCACCUUCCAGGCGUUUUCUCCGGACACUUUCACAGUUAUUCUGGACUUUGUGUAUUCGGGCAAACUGUCUCUCACUGGUCAGAACGUCAUCGAGGUGAUGUCGGCCGCCAGUUACCUUCAGAUGACCGACGUUAUCAGCGUGUGUAAAACGUUCAUCAAGUCGUCUCUGGACAUCAGUGAGAAGGAGAAGGAUCGAUACUUCAGCCUCUCAGACAAGGAGGUGAAUUCCAAUGGCGGGGAGCAGCCGUGUCUGUACGGCGCGGGCUGGAGGGCAGAAAGCAGCCCCCCACAUCCACAGCCAAACCCAGAGCAAGGGACGUGUAUGAGGGGAAACACUUGGAGCAACUUCAACUACUAUCCAGCUUCUCAAAGAAACACGCAGCAGCAGCUGUCCAAGCACGAGCAAAGGCAGGAUGCCAUAAAGAAAUCCCGACACCCGGGACUGCAGCAACCCGCUGACAUUCCACACUAUAAAUCCAGCAAACUGGAGGACAGGGCUGCUGAGCCUGCUGGCCACAUUUCUCAACCUGAGGACCAGGUUCAGAUUGAGGCAGAAGCGGAAUCUCCUCACGUGGGGUUUCAGUAUGGCCAGGGCUCCGAUGUGAUCUCCAGGCGCUCAGCCGUGUCGCAGCAGGAGCGCGACUCGCCCCGUCCUUCCAGCAAAUCCAAGUCUCCAAAAGCAGACGAGCAGUACCCCAGCAUGCCCUCCAUUGUAGGUGUGAUGGGAGGCUGGGCUGAAGCAGACGAUCUGCCCAGGAUGAGGUUCAAGUGCCCGUUCUGCACUCACAUGGUGAAAAGGAAAGCAGACCUGAAGCGUCACCUGCGGUGCCAUACAGGAGAGCGGCCGUACCCGUGUGAGGCGUGUGGGAAGCGGUUCAGCAGGCUGGAUCACCUCAGCAGCCACUUCCGCACUAUUCAUCAGGCCUGUAAGCUGAUCUGCAGGAAGUGUAAACGCCACGUGACGGAGCUGACGGGACAGGUGGUGCAGGAGGGGACCAGGCGCUACAGGCUCUGCAACGAGUGCCUGGCUGAAGCCGGCAUCGACAGCAUCCGCAUUGACUUGGAGGCUGAAGCGCCCCUUGAAUUUCCAGCAGACGGGGAUAAGGAUUCCAGGUGGCACUACGGGGAAGACAACAAAUCCGAUGUGGAGAUCGUGGAGGACGGGUCGUCUGACUUGGUCAUCCAGCAGGUUGAUGACAGUGAGGAUGAAGCAGAGGAGAAGGAAGUAAAACCAAAUAUCAGGUAGUUGUGAGACAAACACGAGUGCAUGGAAUUCCUUUUACGUGGAAAUCCUGUCUGCCCGUGAGCCCUCCACCAGCCUGACAUCUACAGAGACCUGCUGGCUUCUCUUGGACAGGGCCAGACUUGCAUGUGUUCAUGGACAUAUCAUUGAGUCCAUCCUGAGUUUUGCUAUCGAAAUCCCCAUACUUUGCUUCAUUAGAAAUAAUGUGCCCUCAAUGGAGUAACGGCUGAUCCCGGAGGCUGAAGUACAAGGACGAGGUUUUACGGUACAGUGAGUCUCUUCUCAAAACCUCUUUCAAAGAGGUGAGGUCUAAAUGCUUACAAAAGUUGCACAUCGGUGUAAAUUACUCUUCAGCAUUCAGAAAUAAAGAUAAUUUUCCAUGAAAUUUCA